AUGCAGGAAUUGAGGAGGAAUAGAUCCGGUAUAACAGACGAGCAUGAUCAACUUGUUACUAUGCAUGAUAUCCUUGAUGCCCAGUAUGUCCUCGAUCACCACAAGGUAUGUCAUGUUUUUGGACUAUGAGA